AUGCAUGACGAUGUCAAGCAAAUGGCAUCGGCUUGGUCCAUUCGCACUGCUCCAUCCACUCCUGGUCUAACCAUGAUGGAUGUGUUCUCACAAGUGGCGUACUAUUAUGAAGACAUGGAAAUCUUGCAAGGGACGGUGAUGCCUUGCGGGCUCUUUCAGACGUCGCUCUCCCAGGUAUCGAGCUCUUCAGUUUUUGGUCUUUGGAGGAAGCCUCGGGUGUCCAGACUCAUCAAUGUUGCGAUCCCUCCCCUUGUCCUGAAGGCUUCUCCGAACAAAUCGUAUUUCGAUUUUGGACCGUCCGACGGCGAUUCUGAUUACGAGGAUCACUUUGCUAUACGUCGCAUCAUCACUAUUCUUGUGCUUGAGCGAGUAGGUCCUAGUCAUUUGCCUCUUGGAAAACCUCUGCGCGAGGAUGAACGGGAGGGGUUAUCUGCCAUGCUUAGUGAUAUUGUGCGACAUCGCAUCUGCCAUGAUAAUAUUCGCUACCCGAACAUACUCUCUGCUCCGGCGCGAAGCCCUGAGCACCCGCGUCUGCGUUCGCCCUACACUAGGCGCAAAUGUCGUUGGCGUAUCAUUGACUUCGGUUAUGCAUAUGAGAGCACCAGGGGAAAGAGGCGCUUUGCCAAACACAUUGAAUAUGGUUUAGAAGAUCUAUGCGAAGAGCUGAGUGAGCGCAGGAUAGCGAGUUCCAUGAAUCUGAGUAGGGACAAGAAAACCUGA